AUGGACUUUUCUGGAAGACUUGGUGGUCGUCGUGGGGGCGGCAGUGGAGGCGGCGGUGGCGGACGCAGAGACGUUGACGAAUUUGGACGCGAGCGCCGUGAUCGGCCGCACAACCGCAAGCCAUACGAGCGUCCCGGCCGAGGCGGUGGGCGCGGUGGCGGCCACGGGAUGGGUCGCGGCGGCAUGGCAAGCGGACAUGUCGGAGGCCAUCUGGACGAGGCCAAGGACAUCGAGUCCCGGCUGUCCUCCCUGAUCAUCAAGGUCGGCGAUAAAAACACGCCCACGCUGCAGAACAACUUGGAUGCCUUGAGCGUAGUCCUCGAGAAGGACUUUACAAAGCACGAAAUCACCGUGCUCCGGACCUUCCGGCAGUGCGUACUGGAGCUUCCUUGGAAGGUCACCGUGUACUCGACGCUGGCAGGCCUGCUCAACGUGAAGAACAGCGAGACGGGUGAGAAGGUCAUUACUUUGAUGCACGCUGUGCUGCGCGAGUCUCUUGAGAAGGGCAGGUGGGGAUCGGUCAAGGUUCUCAUGCGGUUCUUUGCACUCCUGGUCGGCACCAACACGAUCUCGGCACAUACGUUUUUGGCAAUGAUCCAGGUGCUUCUGGGCCCCGUCGUCGACGCCGCUUCGCCCGUGACGGCCAGCGGAAACUGCUACGUGUUUAUUGUCAUGUCGACCCUGCUCUGGGCCGGGCGCUCGCUCAAGGAGUACGCGCCUGCCGAGCUGGACCAGGUCCUGACCAUCGUCAGCAACUACGUUGAGCGCCAUUCCCAGGCCAACGAGGGCGUCACCAUCACGACGGUAUUCCACGACGCGCCACCCAAGGGCAGCAACGUCCUGGCAUAUCUCUUGGACAUACUGCGCACUGUGGCCGCAAAUGAAUGGAAGAUCGACGCCAUUUCGGCACCACACGAGAUGUUUGCCGCCGAGUUUGCGCAGGCCAAGAAGCACGAGCUGCCGCUGCUCGAGCUACCCUCGAGUCUCGCGCCUGGCGCCUUCUACACGCCAUCAGAGUUUCUGCAGCUCGUGCCGAGCCCCGCGGAGCACGCCGUGCGCAAGUACAUUAUGCAGGACUUUAUUGCCGACACUUUGACGCAGCUCGAGGGCAACCGCAAGGACUGCGCCAAGCAUCUGAUGCUGAUCCAUGGCCUGUGCGGCGAGGACGUUUGCAGUGUGAUGACGACGGCGCAGCACCCCGAGGAUGUCGACCCUGAGGGCACGCUUGUCUUCGAGUACAUGGUGGCUGAGGUGCUUUUUAGCUUCCUCAUGCAGCUCCCCGAGGGCCUGUACCGCGAAAUGUACUAUACGUCGCUGGCCAUUGAGCUGCGCAAGGCUGAGCCGCAGAUCCUGGCCACGGUCUUUGAGACCAUGGUAGAGAACAUUAUUGCCAGGGUCCAGGUCAUUGAUGUCGAGUGCAUCAACCGCCUUUCGAACUGGCUUGCCGUGUACAUCAGUAACUUUGGCUUCCAGUGGGACUGGAGCAAGUGGGAGGGCGCCGUGGAGGAGCCGGCCGAGUCCCCCCGCCGGUGCUUUGUUCAGGAGACGCUGCUCAAGCUCAUGCGGCUGUCCUACCUGGAUCGCAUCAAGGCCAUGCUGCCCGAUAGCUGCGCCUCCCUGAUCCCCGACAAGGCACCCUCACAUAACUUCAAGUUCACAGUGCAGGCCAUGGACGAGCGCACGCGCGACGUGUCGGUGGCUAUAGGCCGGUGCCUGAAGAACAAGGGCUCGGUGGACCAGGCCCUGGAACUCCUGCAGCAGCAUUACUCGCAGUGGACCGAUAUUGACGACAACGAGAGACAGGUUUUGGCGCGCGAAAUGCUCGUCGAACACGUGCUUUUGCUGGGCAGCAAGACGUUCAGUCAUAUGCUUAAUGCUAUUGAAAAGUUCAUGCCUGCUUUGCAAAAGUUUGGCGAGUUUGCCGAGGCCAAGCUGGCUAUCGCCAAGGUGACGGAGGACUUUUGGUUGCGCAAUCCGCAGUUCUUUGCUAUCACCAUUGACAAGCUGGUCAAUUACCGUGUUAUCGACCCAGCCACGGUGGUCGAGCUCAUCUUUGAUGACUCGCAUGUCGGUCAGUGGAGCCACUUCCACUACUGGGAGAUCCUGCGCAACACGGUCAACAAGGUCAAUAUGCGCGUUGUGCAGCUCCAGGGACGUGUGGAGGCAGCCAUUACGGCGGCCAAUUCAAUGAGCGAUGAUCCUGCUGAGGAUGGAGCGGAUAAGGCUGAGAGCGUUGAGAGUGUCGAGGCCACGUUGGCACAGAUGUUGCAGGAACAGAGGGAGGUGGUUGUUGCCACGACUAGGCAUUUUGUUCGUCUGCUUAGCAGCCACCAGGGCACCAAGGGUGAUCUUGAUCGGGCGUGGUUGAUGGGACGGUUCAAGGAGUUUUUGCGCACGUAUCGGGUCCAGAUCAUGGGCAAUUUGGACACGCUGGAGAGCUUGGUUUUCAACGAGGCGAGUACCGAGGAUACACGCUUGGUGUUUGCUAGUAUGCGCAGCCUGUCUGCUUAA